CCGAGAAAAAGGGAAAGAAAGAAAGAAAGAAACACCACACAACUCCACUCCACACUCCUCGAUCCAGCCAUGGCGGCCUAGCCCCUAGGGUUCGCCCGGCCCCCACCAGGCGCCUCCUGGAGCUUCGUCCGCCCCGCUCUCAGCUCCCGCCUCGUGGUCGCGUCGCCCGAUUCGGCCGCCGGUGGCCAAUGGGAGGCCGCUCGGUGCUCGGAGCUGGACAUGACCGUCCCCCGGCGCUGCGGUCAGCGGUUCCCUGAGCUCGGCGGCGGGUUCUCGAGCUCUUAGGGCUCGCGCUGCCGUCGCGGCGCUGCUUGGAGUGGGGGGUUCUGGGCGCGUGCUUGGUUUGGGGCGGCCGUGCAGUGUCGAAUUGUGGGCGGUUCCGGUGUGUCGCUGCGGCGGUGUCGGUGGCGUGAGUGCUAUCGCUGAGCUCGAGAGGCUGCGACGUGGAGCUGCUUCUUGAUCUGAUGAGCUCCGGGCUGGCCGCCUGCCUCGGUUUCUCCGCGCGAUUGCUCCGUCGACUGCCAAAAACCCAGCUUCUUGGAUCAAGCCGUGCUCAUUUCGGCGCUUCUCGUAGGUUCUUGGGGGAAAGGUUGGAGCUUUGAGGUGGUGUUUGGCGGGAGUGCUCAGCUCAGGAUUCGGGCGGGAUGAUGUCGGCGAUGGCGCGUCUUUGACGCGAUGGUCCGGGGUUCGGUUAGGGGUUUCUUCAACCGGAGUUGGCUGCUGCUCCGUGGGAAGGGGAACGCUAGCUGGAGGAGGCGGCAGCAGCAGCAGAGGAAGAGAUAAUCUGGGCGCAGGGGAAGCAGGCAGGCAUUGCUGUUGGAGCAUGGUGAGGUGCUGAAGAGGAGCGGCUCCUGCGGUCAGUCGUUCUCCGGUGCGACGGAGCUUGGUGUUCUUGGCGUGGGUUGUGUCGGUGGUGGGAUAUGAAGCUCUCCCCGUCCAUGAUGCCGGAAGCCUCGCCGGAAUGUGACGGGGAACAAAGGUGUCUGAACUCGGAGCUGUGGCAUGCAUGCGCUGGCCCCCUUGUGUCUCUACCUGUGGUUGGGAGCCGGGUCGUCUACUUUCCACAAGGCCAUAGUGAGCAGGUUGCUGCUUCAACUAAUAAGGAAGUUGAUGCCCAAAUUCCUAACUACCCAAACCUUCCUCCUCAGUUAAUCUGCCAGCUUCAUAAUGUCACCAUGCAUGCUGAUGCAGAGACUGAAGAAGUUUAUGCCCAAAUGACACUGCAACCAUUGAGCCUGGAAGAGCAAAAGGAGCCUUUUCUUCCAAUUGAAUUGGGUGCUGCUAGCAAGCAGCCAACUAAUUACUUCUGCAAGACGUUGACUGCAAGCGAUACGAGUACCCAUGGUGGCUUCUCUGUUCCGCGCCGAGCAGCUGAGAAAGUCUUCCCUCCAUUGGAUUUUUCGCAACAACCUCCGGUACAGGAGCUGAUUGCAAGAGAUCUGCAUGAUAACGAAUGGAAAUUUCGCCACAUUUUUCGUGGCCAGCCAAAAAGGCAUCUGCUGACAACAGGUUGGAGUGUUUUUGUAAGCGCGAAAAGACUAGUAGCAGGGGAUUCUAUUAUAUUUAUCUGGAACGAUAAUAAUCAACUUCUUUUGGGAAUUCGUCAUGCAAAUCGUCCACAGACUGUUAUGCCCUCUUCUGUGCUAUCAAGCGAUAGCAUGCAUAUAGGUCUUCUUGCAGCAGCAGCUCAUGCUGCAGCCACAAACAGUCGUUUCACUAUUUUCUAUAACCCCCGGGCUAGCCCUUCGGAGUUUGUCAUUCCACUGGCUAAGUAUGUGAAAGCUGCUUACCACACACGUGUGUCUGUUGGAAUGCGGUUUCGGAUGCUUUUUGAGACGGAGGAAUCAAGUGUCAGACGAUACAUGGGUACAAUCACAAGCAUAAGUGAUCUAGACUCAGAACGGUGGCCAAACUCACAUUGGCGUUCCGUGAAGGUUGGUUGGGAUGAGUCUACAGCCGGUGAUAAACAGCCAAGAGUUUCACUCUGGGAGAUUGAGCCAUUGACAACCUUUCCGAUGUAUCCAACUUCCUUUCCUUUAAGACUUAAGCGUCCGUGGGCUUCAGGACUGCCCUCGAUGCAUGGCAUGUUCAAUGGUGGGAACAGUGAUGAUUUUGCUCGUUAUUCUUCUCUCAUGUGGCUUCGAGAUGGAAAUAGAGGGGCUCAGUCAUUGAACUUCCAGGGGCUUGGAGUGUCACCAUGGCUUCAACCAAGAAUAGAUUAUCCAUUGCUGGGUCUUAAGCCAGACACUUACCAGCAAAUGGCUGCUGCAGCACUGGAAGAAAUUAGAGCUGGGGAUCAUUUGAAGCAGACCUCUGCUCUCCCACCAGUGCAACAGACUCAACAUUUGAAUGGCGGAAUCAAUCCUCUUUAUGGAAAUCCUGUUCUACAGCAGAUGCAGUAUCAAUCUCAGCAGUCACCCCUGCAAGCUGUUCAGCAAGUUUAUAGUCAGAACACUGGUAACUCUGGGUUCCUUCAAAGUCAGCUGCAGCAGCUGCAGUUGCAUAAUACCCAGCAACUGCAAAAGCAGCACGAGCAGCCGCAGCAAACACAGCAAGUUCUGCAACAACAAUCGCAUCAGGAGAUGCAACAGCAGCUCUCAUCUAGUUGUCAUGGUAUUGCCAAUGUAGCUUCUAACAUGUCCGAGUCUGGAUCUGCUUCUCAGUCACAAUCUUCUUUUCUUCAAGGAUCCUCAUUCUACCAGCAGAACAUCUUAGAAGGAAACAGUGGUCCUGGUUUGCAUCUACACAACAGUUUCCAUAACUUCUCAAGCCAAGAAGCCUCAAACCUUCUUAAUUUGCCACGAAGUGGCCAAUUAAUGGCAUCAGAGGGAUGGCCUUCGAAGAGGUUGGCUGUGGAACCCCUUGUUAAUCUUGAAGCUCAGUCUGUGCACCACAAACUUGAGAAAGUAAAUCACCAGACUAAUAUAUCUCACAUUUCUGGCACCUUGCCACCAGUGUCAGCAAGAGACAGUUCUAGUGCCCAGGCUUGUGGUACAGAUGCUCAGAGUCACCUGCUUUUUUCGUCAUCAUUUGCAAUCCAUGAUGGCCUGACAACAGUCAGGAGUGGUGGUGUUGGCAGUGGAACCGAUUCUAUAACCAUAGCUUCACUGAGAUACAGUGAUGUGAAUUUGCUACCCGAAAACGCCAUAGCAACUACCAAUUUUUUGGGUGAAUCAGGGACUUUCAAUUCUCUUGAUGAUGUUUGUGGUGUGAACCCCCCACAAGGUGGAACCUUUGUGAAGGUUUACAAAUCAGGGUCCCUUGGGAGAUCGCUCGAUAUCACAAGAUUCAGCAGCUACUAUGAGUUACGUAGCGAGCUCGAGCGAUUAUUUGGUCUUGAAGGCCAACUGGAGGACCCUGUAAGAUCAGGCUGGCAGCUUGUAUUCGUCGACCGGGAAAAUGAUAUUCUUCUUGUCGGCGAUGAUCCGUGGCAGGAGUUUGUGAAUAGCGUAUGGUGCAUAAAGAUACUCUCGCCACAAGACGCGCAGCAGAUGGUCCGUGACGGAGUCGGCCUUCUGUCUGCACCUGGAGCAGGGAUGCUAACGAGCAAUGUCUGCGAUGACUAUUCUGCAAGCCAUGACAUGCAGAACCUCAGUGGCAAUAUUGCGCCAGUAGUGCCUCUGGACUAUUGAGAUGAAGACCGGAAUCCAGACCAAACAAGCAAUUUGGCACUGAAGGAUCGCUAUCUGUGAUGACCUGCGUUUCCUGUGAUCUCUAGUCCAUUUCGCCAGGAAUAACUUAGUCGUUAAUAUAGCUAGAUGAUCUAUUGUAUCACACUAGUAAUGGACAUGUUGUAUGAUAACUACUCUAGUUAUGUGAUAGCCAUAGCCUAAGCUCUAGAUGGCAGACAAGAACUAUUCAAUGAAUUCAGGCAGUCACGGUAGAAGUGACCUAUUCCUGUAGCUAUAUAUAUAUAUCUGAAACUGAUGAUUCCAUGUAGA